UCAGGCCAAAGUCUGGACUGCACAAACGACUAUGAAGCGUUGAUGUUUUGCCACAUCGAAGCACUAAACUGCACUGGAUACAGUUUGACUCUGCAGAGCAACGACGUCGAUUGGAAGGCGGACUGUAAUUUCACACAGUGUGACGUUGGACGCUGUUGCUGCUCUUUCCAUGACAUGAUACUAAUUCUGGGGGAGACUCAUACAGCAACAGUUUGGAAAGGAGGCAAAACCAUGGAGUCCAAAAUCAUCGACAUCAUAACCAGCCUAAAGCCCAAAACCCCAACAAUCACCUCUGUGAAAGAAUCCAAUGGGAAUUUUGUGAUCAGGUGGAAGACAAACUAUGCGAAGGGCUUCGAUCAGAGCUUAUCUGCUAAUGUGACUUACCAUAAAAAAGGAGAAACAGAAACGGUGCCUGCAUUCAUAAAACCUACAACAGUUGAUGGACUGAAUGUGUAUGAAAUACUUGGUCAACGCUUGGAGCCAAGAACAACAUAUGCAGUCAGCGUGAAAAGCUACUUGAGCUGGAGUGACAAGUACAGUGACAGUAGUGCAGAGUGGGAAUUCACAACCCCUGUGUCCCCUUUUGUCCUGCCCUUGGCUAUCAUCAUCAGCCUCAGUAUUGCUGCAGCCAUCAUCAGUGGUGCUAUAUAUGUCUGCAUUGUAAAGUUCAAAACAAAGUGGUGGGAUAAAGUUGCCAAAAGUCCAAAUCCCAAACUUCUUGAUGUGUUUCCCAGCAAACAAGGGGUCUUGAAGCCUGUGUCCACCAUUAUCUCCAUUCCCCGUAUUGAGCCUCUUGAUCCAGAUGAACCUUGGUUGAAGGAAUUGCAGGGAGAAACAAGCAGUGGGAGCCUUCAGCAGAGCAGUGGAAUCAGUACCGGCUCGUCUUGUCUCAGUUAUACUACUGCAGAAACUGACAUCAUAUCCUGUAUACAGGACGCCCUUUUAAAAGCCCUCCCCGGUAUCAGCCCGAUAUCACCCUUGAUCACCAAUCCACUGUCAGACCAAAACAAAGACAGCACUUUGCUCUCCUCUGCUUACAGCCCGUGUGAUGUCCGAGUUAAUGACACAAGUUCUGGAUCAUCUUGCUUUGACAAUAGAACCUACUCCAUCCUCAUUCCCAGCUGCCAAAAUUCAAUUAUAACAGACAGCUCUGAAAUGCCUUGUGACCCUGCAUAUGGUCCUAGCCCGGGGGACUCUGUGACCUGUGUUGACCAACAGGCACCAGUGUGUCUGCCUGUUAAUUUGCAGCCAGUGGUUUUGUCUAACAUGCCAACAGACAUUCCAUAUCAGUGCAAUGCAGAUUCUGGAGGAUUUUCAUUUGCAGAGGAUUCCAGUUUGUCCUCGGUUUCAAAUGGAGAUCCUGAGUCAGGAGCUGAGGCCGGGUGUGAGAGUGGUGCAAUGAAGCUACAUGAAAACACUGAAGUGCCAACUGUAUCUGAUGAGAACCCCUGCUAUGGCUGUAUGCCUGCAGGCUCAAACAGCUUUCCUCUAGUGGAUAAUGACUACCAGGCGAUUCAGAAUCUGUCGGAGCAGCCUGAGAUUUUGAUAUCAGAGAGAAGUGGUGAGAAACAGGAACAUUUGAACAAAUAUCCAGGUUCGAUGAACAAUGUUCAGGGUGAGGAGUGUCUCUCUGAGCUCCAAAGACAUUUUCUCUCUUUGACCCCUGCUGACCAGUCUAUGCCACUAAUCACAAGCAGCGGAUAUCAGAGUGUGUAGUGCUGAAUUGUGCAUAUGUGUGUGGUGUGUUUUUAAUUUAGAAGAAAGAGAGGGGGAGGAGGAAUAAACAGUGAAUGAUAUUCACAUCUGGAACAUGACUCCAGUUUAAAAGUUGAUGGCAUCUUUGCAUAUUAUGAUGUCAUACAAAAGUGCACUUUCCAGAUGGAGGUCAGGCAACAAGAGGAAAUGACUACAGUCCUUACCAAGCCCCCAGGAAAUGUAGCGACCAAUAUGAUGUAGUGACAAAAUAGUUGAAUUUCAACUACUGCGCUAAACUGGACGUAGUGGGCUUGGCUUGCCCAAUGGCCCCCACAUAUACGGAACAGCCAGAGAUGAUCUGGGUAUUUUGAUGCACAGAAAUCAAGCAUUUUAUUGGUUUUAUGUGCUGCCGCUGUAUCCGAUUGACUACACAUCCAUGAUCUUAACCCACAGCCUGGAUGUUCGCAUGUUAAUGCCAACAACGUGUCAUGUUUUAUAUAGAGUCUUGCUGUCAUCUGCCAAAGACCAAUAUCAUUGGCGGCUUGCCUAUAGAGGGCGCUGGGACGCUGCCGACCUGCCUCCCUGUUUUUUUUAAUUUUCUUUCUUUCUUUCUUUUACAAUCUUUCUCAUUUUGAGAAAUAAUCUAUGUUAAUUACAUUCUAAUAAUGUAUUUUCUU